CAUCUCCUUUCUCGCCUCUUUUUAAUAGGCGUUGUUGCAUCUUUUCUCUCUCCCGGCGCAUCUGAUUUCCUAAAAGGUUCGCAGUUGUUAAGCAUCGGAUUUCCCCCUGCGCAUUCAUCUUCCCCUUCUCCUGUCUUUCAAUGCUGACCAUUCAGAUUGCGCGCAGAGGGUAUCCUCUUCGUCAUUCGUAUCUUCGAUCCACCAGCGUGCGCCACUGAUUGGUUCGGAUCAAUAUCCCAUUCAGACCACAAAGACAACCUGUCCUCUGAACCGACAAGCUGGAAUCCUACGCAAGCCCUCCGCUUUCUCCUCCCGCGAAUUGGUCCGUUGACUUCGAUCCGGAGUGUCGGGAGUCCUCGUGGGACCGGCUGAGUGGAAUGGAUGGCGACAACCGGCGCAUGAAGCAACAUGACCUUUCCAGCUUCGCGACGAGGUUGGGCAUGAGUCGCGCUCCCAGAGCACCCAGAGCAGGGCUACAACAGUCGACACGUGGUGGUGAUUCUACCGGUCUGUCGCAAGAAGCAGCAGGGAGGCCCCGAAUCCACAACUACAUGGACUAUGGAUACACAGACACCACUCCCUUCCAGGGUGCUUCGCUGCAGGGGGACGAGAUGCAACCAUAUCCCCCAGACUUCGCGCGGCCGCAACAACCGUUGCGCGAACAGCAACGGCAACCGCAGCAGCCAUUCGCCCCGUACGAGUCGGAGAUGGUAUAUAGUCUCAACCAGCAAGGACCAGCACAAGGCCCGUACGAGGUGGUUUCACAGUAUCCGUCACGGCAGUCUGCAGCCAUUGACGCCCUGUCGAACCAAUUUGCUGUUCCACAGUAUUUUCCAGCCGGCGGUCCAACUGGGUCCGGGGUUUCCGACGUCGUCUCGCCGUACUUGACUCCGCAACUGUCUUCUGCUGCUUAUAACCAACCCGGUCCCAUUGGCCGCUCAAGCGCAGCGCAGCCCUUUCCCGCAAACAUGGCCGAUUUUACCCCGGUGGGGGCGACAGGACGCUUGGAGCAGCAACAGCCGCCAGCACCGUCACAGCAGCAGCAGCAAGUUGAACAAGUGGCAGCAACUUCAGAGUCGACAAAUGUGAGCGAGACAUAUGGGCAGCUUCAACGAGCCUUGCGAGGGAUAUUCGAUGAUACUCGCGCCGCGCGAUUGGUAGAGGCUAGUCGAUCACUCUUGGAAAUCUCCGAGUGGCUUGUGACUAAUGCGCGGGAACUCGGUAUCCUUCGUGACGAUCAGCUGAAUUAUUCCGAUCGACUGCAACUCUGGAAUGACUUCAACAUUUGUUGGUUGGCUUUGUGCCAACGACAAAAGGACCUGACUCAGGAUAUGCUGCAGACCGGACACAGGCCUCCCAAUACUUCUCUUCUCAGUAGCGAUUUGAUGGAGAACAUGGGCAAGGACUUGAUUCAACUCUGCGAUAAGAUCGAACAGCACGGCCUGGUGGAUUACCAGAUGGGGAUUUGGGAAGAGGAAAUCCUAUGUGUCCUAGGACAAUGCCUCGAUCUGAUCGAGAGCCGGCCGGACGGGGGCGCCCACGCCCUGAGCAGCGGUGCAACCGCCACUGCAACAUCGCGAUCCUGAUUUCCCAACCCAAUAAACUGGGGUCGCUGGGGCCCAAACGGAAGCCGGUACUUUUGGCAGCAAUCCACCCUCGGCACUGUCCCCGACCUAGCGCAGGGCCGAAUUUAGCUGCUGGAAAGGCUACUAUUGACUGCUAACGCGAUUAGCAUCUCGUCUUGUUCGCCUUGCUCUUCAUUAUUCACAAUAUCCCUUCUCAUCGCCCCACCUCAUGAGACAAAGAACCCCAGACGGUAUUUCCCGGGAUUUGAGGAGAUAC